CAGCAGAGCGUGGCGGAGCCCUCCCUGCACGCCCGGGGAGACCAGGGGGAUAGAGGGAGCAAGGCUGAGUUAGCGAGGGAGCGCGGGUUAGGUGAGCUUGGGUGCGACUUGAGCUCGGGACUGGUGGGCCAGGCCCCGACGCCGGCGUCACACCCGGUCCGAAGAAGACAGGCGGACGCAUGGCCUCGUCAUUCCUGCCCUCGGGGGCCACCACGGGCGACAGUGGCGGAGAGCUGAGCUCGGGGGACGACUCCGGGGAUGUGGAAUCCCUCCAGAGCCCGGAGAUCGAGGCAUCCAGGAGCCUGGCAGAGCUGUUUGAGAAGGCUGCAGCGCAUCUCCAAGGCCUGGUGCACGUGGCCAGCAGGGAGCAGCUCUUGUACCUGUAUGCCAGGUACAAGCAGGUCAAAGUUGGAAAUUGCAAUACACCUAAACCAGGCUUCUUUGACUUUGAAGGAAAGCAAAAAUGGGAAGCGUGGAAAGCGCUUGGUGAUUCAAGCCCCAGCCAAGCAAUGCAAGAAUAUAUUGCUGUCGUUAAAAAAUUAGAUCCAAGUUGGAAUCCUCAGUCACCAGAGAAGAAAGGAAAAGAAGCAAAUACGGGUUUUGGUGGGCCAGUUGUUAGUUCUCUGUAUCACGAAGAAAUCAUCAGGGAAGAAGACAAAGACAUAUUUGAUUACUGCAGGGAAAACAACAUUGACCAUAUAACCAAAGUCAUCAAAACAAAAAACAUGGAUGUGAAUAUGAAGGAUGCAGAGGGCAGAACUCUACUCCACUGGGCUUGUGAUCGAGGACAUAAGGAACUAGUCACAGUCUUGCUACAAUAUAGAGCUGAUAUUAACUAUCAGGACAAUGAAGGUCAAACAGCUCUACAUUAUGCUGCUGCCUGUGAGUUUUUGGACAUUGUGGAGCUGCUGCUCCAGUCCGGGGCCGACUCCACACUCCGAGACCAGGACGGCUGCCUGCCAGAGGAGGUGACAGGGUGCAAAGCAGUUACUUUGAUGUUACAGCAGCACACGACAGGCAAGGCUUAAUCAAAAGACUGGAAAACUACAGUCGACAACAGCACAGGGCUCCAGUGGUGAAAGAAAACUGCAAAAAUGACACGUCUUUUGCCGUCCAUCUUUGGUAUAUGUUGGCUAAUAAAAUCAGUUGUGAGGAACUGGAAAAAAAA